AUGGCGGCACCACCAAUGCCCAUGAUCCUGCCCAAGGGCAUAGUCACAAACACCGACUACAUCUACAAGGAGGUGGCUAGCUAUCCGGUUGUCCCACCGGAAAAGAUAAUUCAGUACUGGAAGGUCUACACCACCACUUUUCGGAAACUCAUCGAUCCUACGGCCAACCGACUUGAGAACUUCUGGUGGCAUGUCAUGGGUAGCGAUCGCCGUCUUCUUCCCGGUCCCACACUUGCAAGGCUUUUCGAGGAUAUCUCCAAGGGGCCUGCCUUUGUUCCUUUGCGGUCUUCAGCGAAUCGAUACGAGGGGCCCUCGUCUCCGGUAUGUAUCUGA